AUGGGACCUUUCUUGAUGACGAGGCUGUCAGGGUCGCUAUUUGGUAUCAGCGCUGCCGAGGAGCCAUUGUUUAUUACUAUCCCGAAAUUUGACAAGCUUCAAAUAUCCCAGUUUACUCCAAUAGCAGGCAUACGGAAUACCAUCUUCCUUUCCCUUCAAACUAAUUUCGAGUUGAGCUCAGAUGUAUUUCAGAAGAUAACGAUGAGGAUUGUUUCACAGGCGCUGCCGGCCAACUUGGUCAAUUCUGUCUUUGGAAAUUUCGAUGAUACAUCAUUCUGUGAUUCCAUGGUUAACAAUGUCAGCGAUACAACUUAUCUUGUAGAUCUUAUUCUUUGCAAAGGGGCAAAGUUCAGCCCUGGUCAAAUGUACACUUCAAAUUUUGUUUUUGUGAAUUUCAACCAGUCCAUUGAUGCGAGCGCUGAUUUUUUAGUCUCAGCGCAGGGGCAGUUGAGGAUAUCGAUCUUAAGCACAGCGGUCGCCAAACCAGGACUAUCACAGUCAGCUCGAGGAGUCUCUGGAGGGAAAGAUCCCUUCCUGACUAUCAUUCCUCGUUUUUUGGUGGGUAAACUAAGUCAAGUCACCCCGCUUCCUGGGGUAAUGAACACUUUUACUGUGGAGCUUAUGACCAACGUUGAUAUUCUUUACGAAGACGGAGAAACUAUCAGAUUGUCUGGUACAGCACCGUCUCCCGUUGAAGUGAUACCUGUUGACCUGGACCAUGUGGUCGGAGGGAAUGGUGGGAAUCAAUUAUUUUGCGCGCGAGGUGUAGUCAGCACUCUUUUGAUAUCCUCAGAUGGUCAGACGAUAAACCUUGACUUGAACAUGUGCGGAUCCAUACUGAGAGCCAAUGUAAAAUAUUCUUUCAGUUUCACCUCUUGGAAUAUGAUGAACUCUCAACCAGCCGUAGAUUUCCAAGUGUCAGGUCAAGGUCUAUUCCCUUUCUCUCCUCAACAAGUUGAAACGACGAGGGGACUCUUUGGCUGCAUCAGUGAUGGGCUGAGCCCUUUGCGGGUGGAAGUUCCUCGUUUCGUGGUGGCUUCCAUCGCUCAGAGCAAUCCGUUUCCAAAUCGACCCAACCGCAUCGAGGUCGUUUUCCGUUGCAAUUAUGGCCUCAGUGGUGCAAAGUCAGCAAGGUUGAUGCUUGGUGGGAUCCCUUCCCUGGUGUUGUCGGGAACUCAGAGGAUGAACGUGGGCGUGCGGAGCCAAGAUGAGCUGGGAAACUUUGUGACAGAGGAGAAUCUCUUCUUUGAUGGCUCGCAGCCCCCUGCCAUGGGCAACUACGGGUUGAUGCAUUAUCAGUCGGGUAUGCUCGAGCUGUUCGUUCAGCCUCAGCAGGAGACCCUCUGCUCUAGAACCUACUACUUGACGUUUGAAGUCAACAACGUGGACUCACCAAGGGCUGGUGCGGACAUCUACAUGAACGUGAGUCAAGAUGAUUUCAAUAUUCCUCCGGAACAGGUCCCAAACAAUCUCCACGGCCUUUACGGGGUUGAAAACGCGUCUCGCCCUUUCUUUGUGUUCCAGCCAUCAAUCAUUGACAAGACAAUCUAUCAAGUGUCUCCUUACAUUUCAAGUCCAAACUCCUUGCACAUUGAUUUCGCAGUUGAUGCCGACAUGCUGGGAUCCGAGGCUUCGACCAUCGUGAUCGCUGGAUUGCAAGGCAUCAGGCUCAACGAAAGUUUCCAAAUCCUUGGCAACAAGUCUCUCUUCUGUGUUGGAGACGUGACAGGACGAGCAACCUGGAGUGGACCCAACGCCUCCGUGUACUUGCGAAUCUGUCGGAAUGAAACUCUCCCAGCGCGAGCCAGGGUUGCUGUCUCUUUCACAUUUAUGAAUCCUGCCGUCAAGCAGCCCUCUCCUCCCAUAGAGAUCAGCUGCGACGGAACCUUCACAGUGACUGCCGAGUUGAUGGUGCCCGCAAAGUCUCUUCUGCCCUACAACUUCUCUCAUCCCCUGAUGUUCGUGUCGAGCUUCACCUGGGACUCUUUCUCUCCCUCCUCAGCUCCCAGCAAAGGAGGGAUGCAGGUCACAAUAGCUGGAGUGGGAUUCGAGGAGGCGAGCCAGCCAUUCUUCUGUGUGUUCCUGUGGCUGGACGGCAGUUACUCCUUGUCAAGUCAAGUCAACUUGAGCGACGGCGUCAGGCGUUGCCUCCAGCCAGCGCUCCCAUCCUUCGAGCAAACCUUCCAGCUGCUUCUCAGCUAUGGGGGGCAGCACGUGGGUCUCAGUCAGACGGUUGCGAUCGACCACAAGGACGAGGUGCUUCGACUCUCGCCCAGCUCCCCCUCCCCCUUCCUCUUCUACGAGGGAUGGGAUCGAGUUCAGCCCACGGAGGCUCUUGCGAGCGGAGGUAGGACGCUGAGCGUGUCCGGCUACGGGUACAACUGGCGCAGCAUCUACAAGUGCAGGUUUGAUCGGGGCAACGAGACUGAGUGGACCACGGCUAUCGUGAGGUCCCAGAGCCUCGUCACGUGCCCGACCCCGAUCUGGGGGAGGAGGUUUGCUGCGAUCCCUGACCGGGAGGAGGGAGCGGUGUUCCUUCAUGUCCACAACGCGAUGAAGAAGCUCGUCUUCACCAACUUCACCCUCUACCCUGCCGACUGCUCUCGGCAGAACUUCAGGCAGUCCUCUUGCGCGAUCUUGUUCUCUCCCGUGUGGACGACAUACGGAAAGCUCCAGGUGCUUCCCCUGCUGCCCACCCACCCGACCAUCUUCUCAGCUGUCGGAGGCGAUCAGAUCCUAGUUAGCGGGCUCGGCUUCGACCUGUCGGAGGAAUACACCUGCUCCUUCUCCUAUCAGUUCGGGACGGACGUGUACGCCUCUGAACCCUCGUACGCUCUUGUGUUCAACUCGACCUCCAUGCUCUGCAACUUCACCCUAUGGAGUCACCACGCUGUGACCACCGCCACCUUGACCGUCCGCCAGGGCACUGACGCGCAACUGAUGCCGUACGGGGACGACCGGCCGAUGCAAAUCCAAGUGUGCGAGGACUUCUACGUGCUGUCUCCCUCCCAGGGCUCCAUGCUCGGCGGGUAUCAGGUGACUGUCUACGGCUUCGGCUUCGACCGGACGGCCACGUACUCCCUUGGCAACAGCAGGUUCACGUUCGCGUCCUACCUGACUGUCAACGCCAUCACCUUUGACGUGGGUUACCAAGAAAUCCACGAGCCUUUGGAGACCGUUGGCCUGCACAUGACUGGAGGAGAGGACUCGUGCUCCUCCCUCGACAGGAUAACUGAGUUCCAGUUCAGCUUCCUGUCGGCCUGGGUCAUGAGAUCCCCGAAGCAUGUCGAUCCUCUCAUGGACCAACUCGUCAUCGAGAUGUACGGCGUUAACCUCUCCCACACCUUCCGCUGUCUCUUCUUCGGCCCCUACAACGCUUCUGUCAAUGGGCUCCUCCUCCCUCUCGAGAGCAAACUCCUCUGCGACUUACCGCAGGAUGAAAACUCCACCUUCGGGUACGGCGAUCAGUUCCAAGUGCAAGUCUUCGAUGACGACGAGCAGCAGUUCGUUGUAGGGGUGGGCGACCUUGCAGUCAUCAUGGUCCAUGCUAAUCGACCUCCUACUUUUGUGCUUGAUUUGCCCUGGAAGAAAGUCGACCAGGAGACUGGUUUCACCAUCUUCCAGCUAGCCUCCAACAUCUCCGUCGGGUUUGAUGGGCCGCUGGAGGCUGAGCAGACUUUGACCUUCGUCGUUGACUACCAGCCCGGCUUCCUGCUCGCCCGCCCACCCCAGCUGUUCCCCAACGGCACCUUUGUCAUCGCGACGAACGUGGCAAAGAGCGGAGUCGUCACCAUAGACGUGAAGCUGGUGGACAACGGGGGGACCCUCUAUGGCGGGAGAAACGAGUCCCUCACUCGCAGGUUCUACCUCAUCAUACGGCCCAAGGGCUCACUGCAGCAGGUCUCGACUGGGACCUCGGUGACUGUGCGAGAAGGGGAGGGGUUCUAUCAACUGUUUGUCAACAUCUCGGGAAAUUUUGACGUGUACCCUCUGCAAGACUACUCGAUCACCAGCCGGCCGAUCUCAGGAUGUGAGAGGUACAUGUUCCAGCCAAACUUCGAGCCGUUGGUUGAGAAUGACGGAAUCUUCACCUUCAAGACUGAAGAGUUUGCCUUCGGAGACGCUCUUUUCUCCUACGAGGUCCGGACAUCAAACAGCGCCUCCAACUCAGUUCGGCUCUCGGACUACAACAUCUCAAUCACCGUUGAGCCUGUCAACCAGCCGCCGACCUUUAGCGUCGCUGGUGCUGAUCGGUUUGUCAUGCUGGAAUGCACUUCAACGGCUUGUCAAACUCUAAUUCCCAGCGCGAUACACUCGAAGUACCCGAUGGUCUCAUACACCACGUGCGUGUUAAAAUUCAGCCAACUGCUGCAGGAGAACCUGGAGUGCCAGCCAUGGAUCGUCGGCUGGUGCGAAGACGAUCAGAAUGUGUCGAUGCUCUUCAACUACUCGAGCGACCUGAUCUUCCCUGGAUCCAUGUUGAUCGAAGAGUCCAGCUCGAACCGAUCUGUCGCUGACUUGCUCUUUAACCUGGUCCCUCACAGCAACGGCCAGCUGCUGCUCCACCUGCAAGCUGUCGACUCCUUAGGAGCGUUCUCGGAUGAGCAGACGGUCGAGCUCGUCGUGCUGCCUGUCAACGAUCAACCGAGCAUCGGGCUAAAUGUCUCAGCUUGCUCCCAGCUGGAGUCUGUUGGCAUCAAGUGCACCAUCCUUUGCUCUAAGACUGGUGAUGGGUUGACCGCGCAGGCGGAGGUGACGUGGGUCGAGGACUGCGUCAACGGCAGCCUGUCCGUGGAGGUCAAGGUGGAUGAGAACCACCAGUGCUGGAACGAGAGCAGCUCGCUUCCCCGUCCCUGCCCCCUCCAUCGCCUCUUUGUUGGUCGGCCGUCAGCCUUCGGGUCUAAGGACGAGGCGAGUCAGUUGACAACCUUCGAGCUGCAGGCGACAGGGGACGGAAGGGACACGUACUCAAGCCUGCUGAACUUGUUCUUCGAGGAUGGAGAGCUUCUCCUGCAGCUCGUGACUGACGCCAACGGCAACGCGACCUUCGACGUCUUCCUCUUCGAUGACGGCGGUACCGCCAACGGAGGUGUCAACGUCUCCCGCAGCAUCGCCUUGAGCAUCGAGGUCACGCCCGUCAACCAGCCGCCUUCCUUCCUCCUCUGCUGCAACGGCGUCGUCACGUUUAUCGCAGGCUCGCUGGUCCAGACUCAUGAUGGAGCUUUCGUCAACAUCAGCAAGGGAAGGAGGCGGCCAGACGGGGAGGACCCCGAGAGCAGCCAGCAGGUGUCGUUCGUGAUCGAGUCUGUAGCUGGAGACGAGCAGAUCUUGGCGUCGGCGCCAGUGAUCUACAGCAACGGGAGCCUGAGGGUGGAGCUGGCGGAGGGGAGGACGGGGGCGGUGAACGUGAGCGUGGUGCUAGUGGACGACGGGGGCUGGUACGGGGGGGGGAGGAACAGGUCGGAGGCGGCGGUGCUGGUGAUAGCGGUCGUUGACUUCUACGUGGAAGUCGUGCUGUGUUCGUCGUCCUGGUCGUCACAGGAGCUUAGAAACUUUUUGCAUGUCCCCUGGUCGUCGUGGGUGGUCGAGACGGGUAGUGACUUGCUAGCUGGAUGUGUCAACGAGUCUCUAACCUUUGACGUCUACUCAACGUCUCUGGCGGUGGCUUCGCAGCUCCAGAGUCAGCUGGACUCGCUGCUGGAGGGGCUGGUGAGGAGGCCGAGGAUCCUGCUCUUCACCAAUCGGUUCAACAUCCCCUCCUUCGUCCUCACCGCCACCAGCGUGACCGUCCUCGAGUGCGUCGACCCGGAGGGAGAGUGUAACAAGAACGUGUCGCUCGUGACAAACAUCACGUCCCCUCCCCUCACCCCUCUGAGCCCAGCUGGCGAGGAGCUGGUCAGCUUCACCUUCAGCCCGCUCGGUCACCUCCUGCAGGGGCAGAGCGAGUGGGUCUACGACGAGACCGACGGGGGCCUCCUGCAAGCUCCGGCGAAGUUCGUUGUGGACUGCGGACAACAUGACGUCUACCGUUGGAGGUCCUUCGGCAAGUGCGCGACUGCUCAGCUUUUCUUCAACAUCAGCAAGUUUUUCGUGGGGUCUGCGGUGUACGAGGUAAGGAUGGUUGGGUCGAGCAUUGCCUUCAACUUCUCCAUCGUCGUCGCUCCUGUCGUGCGGCUGCCGAGCUUCUCCUUGCACGCUGCCGAGCUGACGCUGCUGGAGCACCAAGGGAGCAUCUUCAAGCCUGAGUUCUUCUAUGACAUCUUCCCGGGAACGUACGUUGACAGCGCCAGCCUCUUGCUCGUGUUUACCGCAGACAAGAACGUCGUCAGCAAUAUUCAUGCUACGAUCAAUGCCAGCAGAAGCACAGCUGACUUGAAUUUGACCACCGUCGGUCGACUCAACGGCCUAGUCAUCUUGACAGUCAGGCUAGAGGGGUACGACUCAACGUGCAACUGCACCGUCUUUUCGGAGAGGAAGAACAUAUCUCUUGUUGUGCAGCCUGUCAACGACGCUCCUUCUCUCACCUUGAACUGCUCUGUUGUUGAAAGUUUCAGCAACAUACUGUCCACUGACUGCUGCACGAGCUCAAACCUCGCUCCGUGUUCCCUUGUCGUGUCUGUGGAUCAGAACUGUGGACGCUGCCCACCGGGCACAGCAACAGAACUCUCCUCCUGUGCUACAAGUCCUUUCGUCCUCCCCCGUCUCUUCCUUGGCAGUCCUUCCAUCUUCUCCUCCGUGGACGAGCAAUCGCAGUCGCUUUCCUUCUAUGCAGUUGACGCGCAUCCUUCCCUCCUCUUUGACUCUCCUCCCCAGCUCUCUGCAUCUGAGUUCUACUUCUGCCUGGGUCAGGACAGGAGCGGCAACGCGACCUUCGACGUCUUCCUCUUCGAUGACGGCGGUACCGCCAACGGAGGUGUCAACGUCUCCCGCAGCAUCGCCUUGAGCAUCGAGGUCGCGCCCGUCAACCAGCCGCCUUCCUUCCUCCUCUGCUGCGACGGCGUCGUCACGUUCUGGACGGGUCCGGGGUCGCAGUUGAUGGCAGAUGUUGCGAGGAACAUCAGCAAGGGGAGGAGGCGGCCAGACGGGGAGGACCCCGAGAGCAGCCAGCAGGUGUCGUUCGUGAUCGAGUCUGUAGCUGGGGACGAGCAGAUCUUGGCGUCGGCGCCAGUAAUCUACAGCAACGGGAGCCUGAGGGUGGAGCUGGCGGAGGGGAGGACGGGGGCGGUGAACGUGAGCGUGGUGCUAGUGGACGACGGGGGCUGGUACGGGGGGGGGAGGAACAGGUCGGAGGCGGCGGUGCUGGUGAUAGCGGUCGUUGACUCAUACCUAUCGAUGGAGAUCCGGUUGAAGGAUUCGAUCUUCACGCCGCAAGUGAUGGCAGAGACGAAGAGGCUUAUCGCCUCUCUCCUUCACCUCCCGUUCCUGUCGUGGGUCUGCAGCUGCGAGGAGAGCUCGUGCGAUUUUCCGCUGUGCAGCCGUAUGACAAGCUUACAGUACCCGAUGGCAGUCGCGGUUGUCAACGUCAGGGCGCUCAACGCUACGGAUGCCAUGGGAUACCUCGAGGCCUCGCUCAGCGUCGCAGAAACCCUGCGGUCUCAAGUGUUUCCUGGCCUGGGAGCCAUUGACAUCAACUCGACUGCCUUCAGGAAGAACCUGAGGCAGACUCCCUCCUUCAACAUCGACACCUCCACCGUCGCUGAUCUCCUGGAGAACGUGGAGGAAGAUGCGAAUGUGACAGUUAUCCCCAACUUCAUCGUCAAUAUUGUUGCGCAGCCCGACACUCCCUACGACCACAGCGGCAACGAACUGAUCUACUUCUCCAUCUCCCCGAUCCGCCACCGCCUGUUUCUCAACAACUCAUACUCCAACGACUCGACUGACGGGGGCCUGAUGGCUCAACCCCCCAACAUUUCCUCUGUCUGUCACGUCGUCUGUCAGUCAGCGACGUUGAGCCUCCUCCCAAGACGCUUCUGGAACGGCCUCGUCGAGUUUCAGGUAGUGAUGCACCAGUCGGAGAUCUCCCACACCCUCCUCCUCCAGAUCCACCCGGUCAACCAGCUCCCGACGUUCCUCGUCCAGCCGCAGAUCUAUGCUCUCUCUGACUCCAAUCAAAUCCUCCGCGAUCUCGUCUACAGCGUGUCCGCUGGCCCGCUCGAAGAGUCUUGGCAGGUCUUGACAGGCUCCAUUCUGCUGCAGGAUACUCUCGUUGGCGAGACUGUGCUGCAGGGGGUCAAGGGAAACCUUCACGUCAAUCUCAAGGCUCCUCCUCUCGCUCCUGGUUGGAACAAUCUGACGAUGCGGGUCACUGACUCUGCUGGAGGGUCAACAGAGCAGCCCUUCCAGCUCUACCUGUUCACCUUGAAGGAAGUCCCUCCCAUAUACGGCAACGAUCAAUGUAUCUUCUCCUGCGAGCUCAGCGGCUUCCUCUCCCCGAUCCCGACACAAGGACCAGCUCUCAACUACUCGCUCCAGGUGCCCGACCGAUCGCUCCUGGUCUCCAUGGACUUGAGCCCGACGGGGUCGCUGUACUGGGUCACCAAGAGGAACGCUCUCGGCAACUUCAGCAUCAUCGUUAACGUCACCUGGUACAACCCGAUCUUCCAGCGCGUCGACUCCACCUGGCAGCUCCUCCUCCUCACCAUCGCCUGCGCCAACCAGCCCCCCGUCUUCUCCCUCGAUCGCCAGCUGCUGAUCCUGAACCAGCACGACGAGGGCCAAAAUCUUCUGGUGGGCCUUGCUGGGGACGUCAGGCCCAGUGAGGUGGUGGACGUCUGCGGUGAAGCACAACAGCUCGUGACCUUCGAGCUUGUCGACGUCUCGAGCUCCACCGGCUCCUCCGGCUGCGGCGUCGACAGGCUGUCGAUCUUCCCUCCGACCUCCUGUGCCUCCUCCCCGCAGCUCCUCGACUUUAUCUCCCCGCCUGCUGUCCUCGCCAACGGCUCCAUCGUCUUCGAGCUCGCGCCCCGCGCCUUCGGCCUCUCCUCCUACAACCUGACCCUGUACGAUGACGGGUCGCCGCCUGCUCGCUCGCCGACGUCGGAAGUUUGCAUCCUCGUGCAUCCGGUGAACCAUGCUCCCUCCUUCAGCAUGCUCGUCAACGAGGUGACAGUCCUCGAGUGCACAGCGCAAGAGGCCUGCGCACACACGCGGCUGAUCGUCGAGAACAUCUCAGCUGGGGUCGACGAGGCGUGUCAAAGUCUCUCCUUCCUCGUCGUUCCGUUCUCAGCUCGCAUCCCAGCAGUCCCCCUCAAGGAAUGGCAGAGUGUCGAGAUCGACGAGCUCAACGGAGCCAACCAGCUUCACGGCGACCUCCAGCUGUUUGCCAGCUCGACGGACAUAGUCGUGGACGUGGCGAGUGGGAACAUCUCCUUCCUGUUGGAGCCGCAGAGAAACGGGCGAGUCGUCUUCAACGUCUUCUUGCGCGACGACGGAGGGGCAGCCCAUGGCGGCAAGAACCUCUCGCUGCCUGCUCCACUCCGUCUCAUCGUGCUGCCAGUCAACCAGGCGCCCACGUUCACCCUGACCUCCUCCAUCUUCAUGUUGGAAGAGGCAGAGGCCGGGAGCUCAGUCACGACGGUGAUUGCGAGGAGUGUGGGAGGAGGAGGUUGGAGGGAGGAUUAUCAAGUCCUCUCCUUCUCCCUCCUGCAGACCUCUGGACCCACCGGCGUCUUCUAUCCGCAACUGACUCAGAACGGGACUGACCUGCUACUGACCGUCUCCCUUCAAGCCGCGAGGUUUGGCAACACAACAUUCCAGCUGACGUGCGAGGACAACGGAAACUUGGACAGCAUCGGGGAGGGCAAGACCGUCGCACAGCUGCAUGUUGACGUGCUGCCGGUCAACAGUCAGCCAUCCUUCGAGCUCAUCACCAGUCAAGUCGCGCUGUUGCGGGGGAAGGAGUGCAACUGCAGCCUCCGAUCCUCGUGGCUGGCGGUGGAGUCAGGGAUGACGUGCAAGGCUGGCAGCCCACAGGACAUGAGGAACCUCGAGACUCUGUGCGACUGCACCGGAGGGUCAACCGAGAGCUCCUACGAGUCUUUCGCGCGAUCGAUCUCCCUGGGAGAAUACGAGAACGGCUGCAGAGGAGGCAACGUCUCCGAUCCCUGUUGCCGACCCGCCUGCGUCAACUUGUCCUCUCCCUCCUACGUCGGGUUCCCAACUUGUGGUUGCGAACGGCAGAGCGGACAGUUUCAUCUCGUUCCUCUCCCUUCCUCCCAGCCAGCCAAUGAGCUCUUCGAGGUCAUGCCCUCUAUCAGCUUCCCUUGCGGAGAUCUUGUCUUCAAGCUCAGGACGAACGCUGUCGGCCGCCAAGUGUUCACGAUCCUGCUGGAUGAUGGGAUGAGAAACUCGUCCUCGCACGACCUGACGCUAGUUGUCAUGGACUACAACCGCGCUCCUUCCUUCACCUGGCUCGAGGGCGACUCUCUGGCGGUGCUGGAGGACAGCGGCUUCUUCAACAGACUCUUCGUAGUCAACGUGUCUGCCGACGGAACAGCUUCCAGCACCUUCGAGCCCCACCAGAAAGUCUCUUUCACCCUCUGCCCGGCAGGGACAGACUGCCGUUCUCCCCAGCUCGAUCUCUUCAGCCUACCGCCCAGCAUCGUCGUCGCUCCGUGCCGGCAGGGGCCCUACCUGUGCGGCAACCUCACGUUUCAAGGGGCGCGCAAUGCCUACGGGCGGCGGAGCAUCUCCGUAAACCUCAAGGACGACGGAGGGGUGGAGAACGGGGGGGUUGACACCUUCACGAGGUACCUCACCAUCACGAUCCUCAACGUGAACGACCCUCCCACCUUCUCCAUCCCCGGCCAGCUGGACUUGACCGAGUCCUCCUUCUACCGCCUCCCCUCCUUCGCCCAAGGGAUCGCGCCGGGGCCCUCCAACGAGGGCCAGCAGAAACUUACCUUCUCCGUUGUGGCAUCCAGCAGCUUAGACCUCUUCCGCCAGCACCCCCAGAUUGACAUCAACGGCCAGCUCACCCUCCACCUGUCUCCCUCACGCAGCGGCACGUCGUACGUGGUCUUCAUGCUCAAGGACGAUGGAGGGACAGCCUACGACGGUCACGACUACUCCACCAGGAACGUCGUCAUGACUGUCCUCCCGUCCAACGAUGCCCCGGGCUUCUUCCUCCCUUGGACCGUCCUCUGUACCGACAUCACCGUCCCUUACACGCAGUCCUGCAACUGCUCCGCCGUCGUCGCCAACCCGACAGGAGCUGACUUCGUCAACGCUGGGCAGGUCUGCCAGCUUUCCGACCGCUCUUCCACCUACAACUCGUUCGAGCAGGCUACGACGACCGUGCAAGUCCUGGAGAACGCAGGGAACAAGUCGAUUCCGAACCUUGCCUUCUUCCCCUCAGCCCAGCACGAUGCCUUCCAUGGCAGCUCCCUGACCUUCGCCCACACUUCCUGGAAGUCGCAAGUCCAGCUGACCUCCAUCAGGAAGGAUGAGAUCUUCACUACCCCAGGAGCUGAGUACGUGACUGCCUACCACCAGAGUGACGACGGCAUCACCGCCUACGCCCUCGAAGCCGAUCUUAGCUGCCUUCUGACGAUGCGCAAGAACCUGACGGCGGUAGAAGGAUCAACGUCAUGGUACAUUUCGGAUCGAGUCUGUGAGGGAGGGGAGCGACUGGAGCUGAUCUAUCAGAAGAACCUCUCCGUCGGCGACGCCUGCGGCAUUACCCCGUUCGAGGUGGAAGGAACCAAGUACCUGCUGCCUUCAGUCGGCUGCCCCUCCUUGAGCUCGUUCCCCGGCAACCAGCCCUACGGCUUUAACGUCUCUUGUCAAGAGGACCGUUGCCUCGUCCCAGGCUGCUGCGCCCGGAUCAGAGAUGCCUUGAGCGGGUACUGGGAACUGUCCCCCGACUUCAUGUACGACCUCGAGCAGAGCAUGCUUAUCAACCCCUUCCCACCUGGACCCCAGCAGCAGCUCAACUAUACCGGCAACAGCUCUUACUGGAGGUACAGCUACAUGAUCAACUCGUCCAAGCCCGCCUUCGUCCCCGACUACACGGUCGAGCUUGCGGCGAUCCGAGACCUGGCUGGUGUGCUGGGAGCUGCCCUCUUUCGCGGGAAGCUGCCAGUGAACGCCUCGAACAUCGAGCAGACGAGGUCGUCGGCCUUGGACUUCAUCAUGACCGACGGCCUGCGUGACGCGAUGCAGUUUGACGGGGACUUCAACAGCAGGCUUGUCAUCUCUGACAACGUCCUCCUCCCCCCCUCGUAUGGCCAAGAGUCUCUUCUCAGUCGCAUGCCUGGGGGGCAGGGCGAUCUCUCGGUAGAGGUCUGGUUCACCAUCCAAAGUCUGGCGACCGGAGCUCAGGGUCGCGGGCUCAUCAGCAGCUGGCAGCCUCUCACUACCUGCGAAGCUGGUUGGAAACUUUUCUACACGUUGAGCGACUCCUUCCAGCUGCAGUGGGCGGUGACGAGCCGGGAGCUGAUGACCAACGCGAGUGUCCGCAGGGACCUCGUGGCGACGCUGAGCCCGCCUGUGCUUGGGAGAUGGUACCAUGUGGUGGCGACGGUGAGCUCGAGCGAGAUGCGUGUCUACGUGGAUGGGUCAGAAGUCGCAGCUUUGACAGGUUGUCAAAGAUGCUCAGCUGGUCAGUGCUCGACGGUUUCUUGCGGGUCAAUCUCCUACUCUCAGUGCAGCAACUUCUCCACACCCUUCGCCAUCGGCUCCAUGUGCGUCGCACCAGCAUGUGCGAUUGCCAACUUGUCAAACUGGUCGUCCCAUGUCGGAGCCAUCAAGAGCGUCAGGCUGUGGGACAGGAAGAUCAGCGAGGAGACUGUUCGUGAUCUGUACAACCAGCUAGCAGGGAGCAUGGCAGCAGUGAACACACUGGCAUACUGGUCUCCUACAGCAGUGACGGACACUUACAUCGACAUCCAGGGGAGGUUCAGCUCCUCCUCUCCUCCGAGUGCCUUCCUGCAGCUCGGGAGCUACAAGGUCUCAGCAGCCGUGACGGUACAGACGGCAACGACAGCAAGGAUCGCCAUGCCCAAGUGGAGUGGGCCGAUGGGGGGAGCAACAGUCUACCUUCAGAGUGGAGGGGAGAGAGUGUGGCAGCGGAGAUGCCUCCAGUACUUCUGUAACAGCACUGGCCUGUCGCCGCCCACGGUUGUGACGUCACUGUCUGCUGGAGCUCGUGUGUCAGUCAGGUUCUUGUUGAACUCUUCUGUCUACCUCUACAACUCGAGCUCUUUUGUGAACCUCUCAGGGACUCUGGAUGGAAGAAACGCGUCGGGAGCUUCGUCAUCGCACUUUUUCACCUUCCAAGGCUCGCCCUACCUCGCCGUGUCCAAGUUUUGGAACGUCUCCACUACCAACUUGACCUCCAACAUCUACAAGCUCGACUGUGUCGUCAGCAACACAACCUCCAGCUGUCUGCGAGCUCGGGUGACCGACUCGAUCAUCACACAAGGUGCGAGGGAGGUAGCUUACUUCACCUACUUGGAUAAGUCCUACCUCGCCGUCGCCAACUACCUCGGCCCUGUGAUGGUUUAUCCCCUCCAGCCUCCCUCUGGCUCCCUCCUGUCUAUAGUCAACCAGACAGCAGGGCUGCCGCUAGACGCUGAUGUAGGGGCCACGGGCCUUAGAGCUAUCCGGCACUUGAGUGAUACGUACUUGGUAGUGUCAAGGUUCAACCCCAAGGCCGAGGGCUUCCGCUCGGAGUCUCGGAUGUUCCGGAUCAGCGGAGCCACUUGGAACGUGACGAGGCAUCAGACGUUCAUGGUGGCGGCAGCGUUCGGCGUCGACCAGGCCAGCUACGGCAGCCUUCACUUCAUCGCCUUCUCAUCUGCAGUCUACGGGGGAGCCUCUGACGUGUACGUCGCCAGAGCCGAUGCUGCCACCCUUCACUUCGUCCUCCUGCAGAGUUCUCCUGCUGGGCCUUACGGAGUUUCAUCAGUCUCCUUCUUCUUCCCCCAGCUGGGCAGCAGCGGGACCUCUCAGACCGUCGGGCUGAUUCUUGGGGCAGUGCAAGGAAACUCCCUUGCCAUGCGAUGGAACGGCUCCCAUUUCAUCAGCCUCCCCAACAGCCUCACCCUCCCCUCCGACUGGAUCCUUGGGGAGCAACUUGGUUACGCUGUCUCCCCCGGGAUACAGGCAAUCGCAGAGCUGAAUCUCUCCUCCUCCUCGUCGACUUCUUCCUCCUCCACUUCCUUGAUGUUGGUUGCCAAGGGAUACGACGCGCCUUCUGCCCGUUUCCAGGCAAGCGUCAUCUACUCCACCAGCCCGUCUUCUGUCUCAGGGCUCAAGGCGCCUACGUCGGUGUUGACGAUACGGAUCGGCAGGGUAGAGUACGUGCUGGUGACGAGCAAGUACUCUAGAGGGAUCUCAGUCUUCUCGCGGAAUAGCAACGACAAGCUCGUCUACCUGUUCCAGUCAAACUCGACUUGUCCUGGGAUCUUUCAAAAGUCUGGCUUGACUGUCCCAGGUUGGUCAGCCCUGGCACUGACGCCUGACCAGCAGCAUCUCUUCGCCGUGAGCCCCAGCUUGAACGUUCUGGCCUUGUUCUCCAUCGUCACUCAGAACGACAAGCUCGACUCGUUUGUCUGCAGGGACUUUCUGUUUGACAAGAUGGAAAUCAGCGGUGGAGUCGUCGACGGUCUGGACGGAGCCUCCGACGUCUCCUACGAGGCGGCUCGCAGCCUCGUGUUUGUGACGGGCUGGAGGGACCAGGCAGUUGCUGUCGUUCACUUCAACGGCACCGCCCUCAACUACAUCGACAGGAUCAAGAACGGGGAGCGCAACGUCUCCUCCCUCAUCCUCAACAGCUCGUUGACCCGCGUCAACAACAACGUGAACGGAAAGUUCCCGAAGCGACUCUUCGCGCUGCCGGAGCCGUACAACGAGACGCUAGCAACCGCGUCCUGGGAGGAGGGUGCCAGGAAGUACAUGGCAGUAGCGACGAAGAGGAAGGAGGUUGGGGUCGUGGUGGUCAUGGUAUGGGAUGAGUUCAUCGCGAACUUCGUUACUGUCCAGGAGAUCACCAACAGCCUCUGCCUUCCCAGCUCCCUCCUCUCCUUCUCCACCCCCGACCUGGACGGUCAGCAGCAGCUCUACCUAGUCGUCGGGCACCUCUGGCCGGACUCCGUGCCCUGCGAUCCCAUCAAAGUCUUCCGGUGGAACGCGACCAGCAGCUCGUUCGUCCCUCAUGGCAGGGUACCUUCAGCGCUCCCGAGUGGGCAGAGCUACCUGGCAGACUACGACCUCUGGCUCCCCUCGCAGUUCUCAGUGAAGGAGAUGCUUCACUUUGACAUCGAUGGGUUCUCCUACCUUGUCACUGUCAACUCAGAGGAAGGUCAAGUCCGUACCAACCUUAUCCAGUCCUGCUCUAGAAGGACUACCUCCUUCUCCUGCUCCUCCAACUCCUCUGUUUCCCCCUGGAACCAGUCCAGCAGCAACGUCACCUGCCCUCCGGCAGAUGCCUUUGACAACCAGACCGCACACGCGUCAAGUGACUUCACCUCGGAGUGCACCAACGGCACCUCCUACGACACCAAUUUUCUUGACCUAGUCAGCUGCUCGGGCGCGACUGAGCUGAACGUGACGUGCGUCAACAGGACUACCCAUCGAAUGUUCCUCAACACGACAACGUGCUACAAAGAGGACGUGAAGACAUGCUCUGCCAACUACACGUUCAGCUGUGACUGCAACCGAACCAUCAUCACAAGGAGGGGACCUGCCCGUGUCGCUAUCAUCUACCGAUGGAGCAACUACGGGUCUGCAGUGGCUGCAGGGGACGGGUUCCAGAUCUUUCAGGUUGUCAAGCUCAACAGGUCAACCGACGUCUCCUUCGCCUCUCUGCAAGGCACGUCAAACUUCCUGACGUUCGUCGACGACGCGAGAGAGGUCAAACUCUUCUCCUACUCUCUCUCCGUGUUCAACAAGUUCCUGCAAGCUCGGUCCGGUCUGUUCACUCUAGUCGACACCAUCAUGCUCCCCAACGUCGCUGCUGUCGCCAUGUACGAAUGGGCGGCCGUGAGCAGUGUGCUGCUGGUAGUCAGCGGUACCUCUCCCUCCCAGCUCGACCCUUCCUUGCUUCAAACCGGCUUUUCCCUCUAUCGCCUCACUGUGUCUCCCAGCGGUGCACACAACCUGACCAGGAAGCAGACGGCUGUGCUCGUCCCUGAUCUGGGAGUGGACACUGUGCUAGACAUGUUUGAGUUCCAGGAGGAGCUCUACCUCGCCGUGGGCAGCGGAGCCUGUCAGGCGGUAGCACAGAACGAGAUCGUGAACAGAAGCUCGUGCUACAAUCGUGCGUUCGACACCAACGUCUUGCAGUUCCUGGAGCCCUCAAUGACGUUUGGAAACCUGACAGCCAUCACGAGGGGAACCAACAAGGCUCUGAGGUACGAGCCGGUGGCAGACAGCGAGCUUCUCAUUCACAGCCGCGCCUGCCCCUUGAAUUUGGGGCUGGUCAGAGACUUGCGAACCCUCCAAGUGACGAACGAGACCUUGUUCCUCGUGACCGAUGGGAGCAACUCCCUCGUCCUCUAUCACUUCCACUUCGACCUCGUCGUCGGCCUCGCCGGCGCCUCCUCCCUCUCCAGCUCCUCCUUCCUCAACCAGUCGUACGUGUACGUCACUGCAGACCUGGACAGAACCUUGUCCAUGAUCCGUUACGACCGCAACAGCUCCGUUGCCCCCCGUCAGUCUGACUUCUUCUUCCAAGACAUAGUCUCCAUGGACCUUCUGCAGACCGACAAGGUCUACCAGCCGCUCGCCUUCGGCCUGUCACGCUCGGUCAAGACGCGAGCCAAGUGCGGAGCUCGAGACGUCGUGCUCGAGAGCUCCGUCCAGAAGCUCCUGCAGCUUCCAGGCUGCACCGAAGACUGCCUGUACAUGCGCUACUGCACGUGCAAGCAGACCUACUGCGACGUCUCGGUCGUCGGAACGGUCGACAGGGCCGAGUUCACUUGCGCCCCCUUCCCACCUCUCCCAACUCUCACCCACGUGGCAGACGGAAGCAUGAGCUUUGACAUCUUCCCCCCAGCUUGUCAAGAGAUCUCAUUCCAGCUGAGAACGGAUGCUACUGACAACCCGAACCUCCUGUCAGCUCCACUCGAGCUGGGGACUGAUGGCUCGCUCUCCUUCACUCCCAACGCCUUCCAGAACGGCGUCGUCGUCUCCUCUACCUUGCUUGAGGACAACAGGGGAGGUGCUUCAGCCCUCAAGAAGGUUCACCUGUCCGUCAACCCAGUCAACCAGCCUCCCUCCCUCGACGUCCGCAACCUUGUCGUCGGGGAGGACCUUGGCUCCCAGCAGCUAGUGUUCGCGACCAACGUCAGCCCGGGCCCAGCUGACGAGGCCAGCCAGAAGCUCUCGCUCAGGUUCACCUGCACCAACCUCGACCAGUAUGCGAAGCCUCCUCAGCUCCUCCUCUCCUCCGACGGCUCCAAGACAGGCAUCAUCACCUUCGCCUCCCUCCCAGGCCGUCGGUUCACUUCCGACAUCGUAGUAACGGUCAUCGACGACGGGCCUAUCAGUCAAGUUGACGGCUCGGUCAACUUCGUAGUGAAGAACUUCACGUUGACUGUGGUCCCUCGAAACCACCAGCCCUUGUUUGACCUGGCUGCGACCAAGGUCACCAUGUACGAGAGUCAGGGGCUGCUUGUCUUGCCCAACUUUCUCCUCCACAUCGACCCCGGCAGUCCUCUAGAGCUCAGUCAAGACUACACGUUCGACAUCCAGCAAGUUCGAGCUGUCCAUUCUGCCUUCAGCCCCUCCCAGCUCAUCACAAACUCCACCUUCUCCCCAGCUGGCAGGUCAAGCUCGAAGGCCCUGACCCUCACGACCGCUCCGUUGGUCAACGGGAUGUUCGAAGUCACGAUCAGAAUGCAGGACAACGGAGGGACGAUGUACAGCGGGGUCAACGCGUCGUUCAGGAGCUUCUUCCUCUUCAUCGUCCCGGCCUACAGCUACCCGGAGUACCAGGUGCUGAGGUCGAUCGAAGUGAACGAGAGCAGGAGCCAGGUCAGGGUCCGCCAAGUGGCUGUCUACGUCAACCUAUCCACCAUCCCCCUGGACGAGCGGAACGAGACUUAUAGCUUCUACAUUGUCUCCAUGAACUCCAGCAAGUUCUUCGCGCAGGAUCCAACGGUCUACCUCAACGGCACAGUCGACCUGCUGCUCAACGCCAACGUCAGCGGGGCAGUCGCGUUAACCAUCGCCCUCAGGAACAAUCGCAGCGCGACCGACGGGUUCAACGACACCAUCACUUGGGUCUACCCCUUCAACGGGUCUGUGGCCAGCACCACAGCUUUCAUCAGGCAGGAUCAUAGCCCCCAGCAGCAGCUAGUUGUUGCCGUCGCCGCCAUCAACAACCCGCCGUUCCUCUCCGUCAUGCCGAGCGUCUCGUGCAGCGAGAGAGCGGAGAGGAUCGUUAUCCCCGGGUUCCUCCUCAACUUCUCCGUAGGGACUCCGGACGAGUUCCUCCAGCAGGUCUCCUUCGCCAUCGACGUCCAGGGAGUUGCCCCUGGCUUCUUCCAGCAGCAGCCCAGCAUCGACUCCAGCGGCUCCCUGACCUUCCUGCUGAACCCCGACAUGCACGGCGAGCUCUUGCUCAAGGUGACGCCGUUUGACAACGGGGGGACCCAGCUGGGGGGGAGGAAUGAGGGGCAGUCGGUUUACAGCAACCUCAGGAUCUAUCCUCACCCAAGAGUCUUUCAGGUUUCUCCCGCCGUCUCCCCGUCGUCUGUCCCAGUCCGCCUGACAGUGACGGGAGUUUUCUUCGGCUCCUUGUACAGCAGAGGCUACGAGGCCUCGAGCUACAGCGACCUGUCUGUCCUCGUAGGCGACCGGCCGUGUGUCAACGUCUCCUUCCUCUCCGACGUCGAGCUCCACUGCUCCACCUCCGACGUCGUCGGCCUGCACAACGUCACGGUCACGGUCAUGGACGGAUCGUUGACUCGCUCGGGAGUCAAGGAGGCAGCUGCGUCUUUCAACGAUGUCUUCCUUGCUGAUGUGGACGAGGAGGGAGUCGGCAGCCUCUGGUCAGGGCCCGAGCAGGACGGCUACACGCUCUUCACUGAUUCCCGACUGAAGCUCUCCCGGUCUGCGCUCUCCCUCCUUGCUCGCCCCCACCAUGUCAUCGUCGGCGGCUCGUUCCUGGACGCCUGCGGCUCUAGAGUCAACCACAUCCUCUCAUGGGAUGGCUCAGCUUGCACCAAGCUGGGGAACGGGCUGGACGGAGCAGUGCACACGCUGGUGGAGUACGGGUCCUCCCUCGUUGCUGGCGGGGUCUUCACUCGCGCCUACCAGGCCAAGGCGAGAGCAGCCAACACGGGAGGGCUGGCGAGCUGGGAUGGCGGCAGCUGGAGUGCAGUCGGGUGCCGGCUGAACGGGGUCGUGCUGAGCAGCGCAGUGAACGGCUCGUUCCUGUUCAUCGGAGGACGCUUCAGCUCAGUCUGCAACGUGACGUCUCAGGGGGUGGCUGUGUGGAACGGGGAGGAGUGGCUGGGGAUGGAGGGAGGGGUCAGGGGGUCCGUGCUGGCCAUGCUCGUAUACGAGGACCAGCUCUUCCUCGGCGGCGACUUUGUGGGGGCAGGAGGCAGCGUGGCGGCUAAGGUGGCCAGGUGGGACGGCAGUCAGUUCCAGGCGCUGGGGGUGCUGGACGGGGACGUGCACGGGCUGGCGCUGUAUGAUGGGGUGUUGUACGCAGGAGGGACGUUUGAGAGCGCAGCAGGGAACGUCUGCCCGCACCUUGCGAGGUUCUCGCACGGCAGGUGGGAGGCAGUAGGAGGAGGUGUGAACGGACCCGUGUUCUCCAUGCUCGUCCUCAACGACUGCUUGCUCAUCGGAGGCUCGUUCACUGCGGCAGGGGCAGGAGGAGGGAUGAAUGCGUCCUCAGCAGUGCGCUGGUGUCCACAAGAGCAGAUGUUCAAGUCAGGAGGGCUGGCUGGAGCGACGGCUGUCAGGACUGUAGUGAGAGUGCAGAAGCAGUAG